AUGGCUACAAAACAGCCUGGAGUUUUCAAAAUCACAAAAGCACUCGCACGGUCUCCAGCAACACAAAACCGGAGGCGCUUCUCGGCCCUCCCUCGGCGGCAAAAUGCGGCCUCGAAACCAAACGAAGACGAUAAGCCGCGAGAGACGCGGAAUGAACCCGAGGAAGAAGGUGCCAUGACGCGGAGGCUCUCCGAGAUGACAGAACAAGCUAUACUUGAAGGAGGGCGGUCUACACGCAAGAACCUGUCGCACGCGGGGUUCUCGGAGGAUCUCAAGAAGGAACUUGAAGAGAGGGUUGCGGCGGCGGCGUUUAAGAGUGACCAUGCGGCGGCGCACUCUAUAGCCAACAUGCCAGAAAGCGCAGGACAAGGAACCCGGGAUGUCGCCGGAGCUGCACCCUGGACUGGAACGGAGAGUACACACGACGUCACGCUGCGCAUGCUUGAUAGCUCGAAGAAACCGCUCCGUACGCCGUAUAAGAUCCCCCAACCGGGACCCAUUGACACACGGCUCGCCCCUAAACCGCCGCGCCACCCCGGUUUGCGCAUCGCCGGCGCGAAAGAACGAACCGCUACCUACACAUUGAGUCAAAGUAAUGGUAUUACGGAGACGGAACGAGAAGCUAUGAGAAGGGAGAUGCGAGAGCGAUUCACGCCGGGUGCUCGGCCGAUGCCGGCGACGUUACAAGGGCUAGCGUCUCUGGCGAAUGAACGGAUCGAGGACGCCAUUUCCCGGGGCCAGUUCGAUAGAAUAAAGCGGGGGAAGGGCGUCGGUACGGAAGCGGACCAUAACGCCAAUAGCCCGUUUAUAGACACGACGGAAUACUUCAUGAAUAAGAUCAUCCAGAAACAGGAGAUUGUCCCUCCCUGGAUUGAGAAGCAACAGGAACUCGGGCGGGAAGUCGAGAGGUUCCGGCAACGACUGAGAGUCGAAUGGCGACGGCACGCAGCGAGGAUGAUAGCCAGCCGGGGAGGGUCUCUAGAGGUGCAGAUGCGACGAGCUCAAGCAUACGCAGCCGCAGAGGCUCGGCAUACCAGCCGAGUUAAUAUCGAGAAAGCGUUCCUCGAUUCCGACUCUGCCUCUACGACUUCAACCAGCGAAACCUCUUCUCUGGAUAACGACUCUAAACUACCACAUCUCUCCCCUCUCCGCGACCCACAAUACAUGGCAAACGAACGCUCAUUCCUCGAGCUAUCGGUAAAAACUAUUAAUGGCAAUACACGCUCAUACAAUCUGCAAGCGCCGCCGGUAGCACAAAAGCCGUAUCUCAACCUCGAGCGUGAGCUGGCGGCUUGUUAUACCGACGUUGCUCCCACUUUAGCAGAGGAGAUCAAGCGGCGUGCUACUGAGAGGGCACGUCCUUCCGCACCUAUUGGGGCGAAGGCAACGAGCGUGCUUGACUCACUAGGUACUUCUCAUACGACUCGGGUGUACGAAGAAAAUCAGUCUAAGAGCUAUGGUUUUAAGCAAUUUUGGCAAGACAUGUUUUCCAAGAAGUGA